AUGCUCGGGGAAUUGGCCGAGGUUAAUCCCAUAGUAAAAGAUUCAUUGCUAAAUGCAGCACGACGCCCAGCGGCUCGUCGUUAUCAUCCAGCUACGAUGAAAUUCGCAGCUGGAGUGUAUCUAAACGGACCUCGUACUUACCGGUAUAUAAGAAACUCAAAGCAAAUAAUGUUACCACACAAAAACAGUGUGUACAAUUUUAAUCGAAACAUUCGUUUAAAGCCAGGGUUGGACGGAGCAAUCUUGAAUCGAAUGAAAACUAAAACUAAGUGGCUGCGAACUAAACAGAACAAAUUAGUAAUGAUCUGCCUAGAUGGAAUGUCUGUUAAAUCAGAACUGACUUAUUGUGCUAAGUCCGACACGUUCUAUGGAUUUUCGGAUUACGGUACUGUAAAGAAGGUCGAAAGGAAUGAUCCUACAAAACUGGCAACUGAAGCAGUUGUAAUAAUGGUCUCUGGGAUAUACAGUAGAUUCAAGCAGGUGUGUAAAAUGAUUAUUUAUUCAACUUGUUUUGUUUUAAUUUUAGUUCCAUGAAUUUUAUCUUCAGCCUGUUGGAUAUUUUCUU